CUGGGGAACCGCAAUUGUGACAUUCUGUCACAUCCGACCGAAUAAUAAUAAUAAUUAGGAAUGCAGAAUACCUCCAAACAAUUCACCUAAUCCUUCUAGGAUACCCACCCCACUGUGUUCUUGUUAUGGCUGUUUCUUAAAGGGUGGCAUAUCCAUCCUGGCAAUUCAUUUCCAGCUGCUGUUACCCCUCUGUAUGGGGCAAAAUACUGCAUGGGCUCUGUCCUAAACUUGCUGCCUGGACCUAUCUGCAAGUAUAGAAUUCCCCUGAAGCACCUCCUGUAUAUUCAGCGUCAAAGCUUUGUACUUUACAUGUUUUAAGCCACUCGGGCGAGGAACCAAAACACAGUCAUGCAGCAGCAGCAGCAGAAUAAGAAAUAGGUAUCAAACAUCAGAGGAGAGGAGCAAAAGCAGAGAUGUUGCGGGAGUGAAGCCGGAGCUCGGUGAUUGGCAGGAGGAGGAGCCCACGUGAUCCAGCGCUGCUCGACGUCACGAGAAAAUGGCGGCGCCCAGUGAGGCACCGAAGCCGGUGAAUGAAACUGAGCGCCAUCAGCAUCGCAGCCCGGACCAGCCGCAGCCCAGUCUCUUUGAGUACUGUGAUGCGGAUUUCAUUAAGAGCGGAGUCCGGUGGAGACAGCCGAGUGCUCGGUCCCGCCUGGACUGCGCGCUGCGCUCUGGCUGGGAGGAGAAGAUGUGUCGGGGGCUCUUCAGAUACGUUCUUCGGGAGCUGGAGAGCCGGGUGCUGCCAGGCCCGCGGCGCUUCGUUGCUCAGCUUAACAUCAGUCGGGGGAGAGAGAGGCGAAAGCCGCAGGAGAUCAGCAGCGUCUUGCAACCUUUUGAUCUCAAUCAGUUCAACUUCAACCGGAUCUCCUCGAGCGAGAUCCUGUUCUCCCUCCGCAGGGCGGAACCCGCCUGUCCCGGGCCGGUUACGGAGGACCCAGGACACCGCGAUACGCUGCUCGUUAUUAACGUGAGCCCACUGGAGUAUGGCCACGUCUUGGCAGUUCCAGACCCCGCUCGGGGUUUGCCCCAGGUCUUAACCCCGGACUUGCUCAGGAUCGCCCUCGAGUUGGUUUUCCUGAGUUCAGACCCGGGGUUUAGGGUCGGGUUUAACAGUCUCGGGGCUUUUGCUUCUGUCAACCAUUUGCACAUCCAUGGAUAUUACCUGCAAUACGAGUUGGAGGUGGAAUGGGCACCCACAGAGCCUCUAUCAGCUGAGAUAGAUUGGGAUAGACAUAGACUCAACCACCAUAUGGCAAAGGCCAACCAAGAGGAAAUUGGAAGAAAACUGGAUGAAGUGGAAACAGAUGUGGGUAAACCCAGGAAGAAGUGGGAGGAAUCGCAGACCAAUCAAUGUAAGCCCCAGCUAAAACAGGACGUUCUGUUGCACCGGGUUCACUUUCUGUCCAGGCAUCACACCCGGGGGUUGGUUUUGUACACCGAUGGCACUGAUGUUAAGCAAACUGCAGAAACCAUUUAUAAAAUCACGAAUUUGUUUAUAAAGAAAUGUUUGGCUCACAAUCUAUUUGUGACUCGAGGUUGCCCUCUGGGGGCUGAAGCUGAAGACCAGGGGUCCCGGGAUGGGGUCCGAGUUCUUCUCUGGCCUCGAAAAUCCUGUUUUGGUGUCAAAGAAGAGUCUGCUUUUAAUGUCGCUUUGUGCGAGCUGGCCGGUCACUUGCCCAUCAAGAACUCUGAGGAUUAUUUUAGCCUCGAUGAGGGAAAGGUCCUGGAAAUCAUUCAGAAAUACUUGCUUCCGGAUGAACAAUUCUGUCAACUCAGAACUGAGAUUAUUGGGGUUUUAAAAGAUUAAAUAUCAAAUAAAACACACUGUUGAGUGUAUGUACUUAAGGUGAAAUGAUAAGCUUUCUCAACCUGCUUAGGCAUAUGAGAGCACAACUCCUUUCUUAAAUCUCGGUUACAGCAAAAAUGUAGACUAAGAGCAAUGAUCCCACAACCACCGUUAUGAGUUCAAUGCAAAGUCAUAUCUGUAUGAACAUGCUGUACUUUUUCCUGUUUAGUUGGAACAAGAAAAAUGCCAGACUACCCUUGCUGUGUAAUUUUUUGACGAGAAAAAUAAAAGUAUAAUUCAAAUCAAAGAAUGAAUUGCUGUAAUUAAUCAUGGAAGUGGGAAAUGUGUGUGCCUAUGAGGGGUAUACUAUGCUGAGAGGGGGUGUGGCGGUGGAGAGUAACAGGCCAGAGUUGAGUGGACAUGGAGCAAUUAUUAAGGUCUUCAUUAAACACCUUGCUGGAGCAUAGUUUGUUUUAAUGAUGGUGGUCUGUGAACAUGGUCGGUGAUGAUUCCUGCACAUUGCAUGCAAGUGCACAAUGUGUCACACAGGUAAAGACGUCAUGAAAAUCGACCAUAUUCCAUGCUCUGUUUUAAUGUGGGAAUUAUUUUCCCCUGCGUUAACCCACGAUCAUUAAAGCCAAGUCAUCCUUGGUGAAAUCAACAGAGGAAAACAAAAGAUAUGAAGUCUUUCAGGUCCAGAGAAACAACUGUCUCCUCUCACUCUGACAUUGAUAUAAAGAGUAAUGAAUCAAUCACUGUGCCCAAUUGGCUACAGCAUUUC